AUGGAGCCGGCGGCCUCCCUGCAGCGGCGCGGCGGCGGCGGCGGAGGAGGAGGCGGAGGAGGAGGAGGGCCGGGCCCGGCGUUGGGCUCCCCGGCCCCUCCGGGCGGCCCGUCCCGGCGCAGGAAGCAGCCCCCGCGGCCGGCCGACUUCAAGCUGCAGGUCAUCAUCAUCGGCUCCCGCGGCGUCGGCAAGACCAGCCUGAUGGAGCGCUUCACCGACGACACCUUCUGCGAGGCCUGCAAGUCCACCGUGGGUGUUGAUUUUAAAAUCAAGACAGUCGAGCUAAGAGGGAAGAAAAUUAGAUUACAGAUCUGGGACACAGCAGGCCAGGAGAGAUUCAACAGCAUUACCUCAGCUUAUUACAGAAGCGCCAAGGGAAUCAUAUUAGUCUACGAUAUCACUAAGAAGGAGACAUUUGAGGACCUACCCAAAUGGAUGAAAAUGAUUGAUAAGUAUGCUUCAGAAGAUGCAGAGCUCCUCUUAGUUGGAAAUAAAUUGGACUGUGAAACUGAUAGAGAAAUUACUAGGCAACAAGGUGAAAAGUUUGCCCAGCAAAUAACUGGGAUGCGGUUUUGUGAAGCAAGUGCCAAGGAUAAUUUUAAUGUUGAUGAAAUAUUUUUGAAACUUGUCGAUGACAUCCUGAAAAAGAUGCCCUUGGAUUUCUUAAGGCAUGGCUUGUCCAACAGUAUCCUCUCCCUGCAACCAGAACCCGAAAUACCACCCGAACUGCCUCCCCCAAGACCUCCUGUCCGUUGCUGCUGACGAGCUUCUUCAGAGACAGGGUGAAAAAGGAGUGGAGCCGGGGGAGAGAGAUGCCUGUUCCACUCUGCACUACAAUCAUUUUGGCAGUUUCAUGUCGCACUUUGUUAUCCAAGUCAGAGCUACACACUAACUUGUAAAUAUGCAAAUAUGGAAUCCUGGGUAGGAUUCAGCUUCGAAACAGUUACACAAUUCCCCCUUUAUUGCAAUUUUUCAUUCCCCCCGCCGGUGUUAUAAAUAUCGUAUGGUCACUGGGGAAAUUGCUGCCCUUCUGAUCCAAAUGAGUGGGAGAAGCGAGAGCUGUAACACUUCUUGACAGAAAUGUUUCAAUAGUCCUUAUCAGAUAUAUGAAAGGGGCAGAAGCUAGUCUGGUAUGAUAAGUACCCGGUGCUUUGCAAACUAUUUUAAAGAAGCAUUUUUAAAACUAAAGAUUUUUGUGAGCAGAGCGUCCAUGACUUUUCUUGAUUUAAACAUUUUUUUUCAGCUGUAGCAUCUUUGCAGCAACAGAGUGGUUCCGCAGCAAAGCAUAAGUCAUUCGUUGCCAACUUUCACAAUUAUUUAUUAUGUCUAAGGGUAGAGGAUUACCAGGGUUAGAAGCAUUGAACUUGACACAGUACUAAGGCAGCCUGAGGGACCCGCUGUACACUAUGCGAACCACGAGGAUUCGGUAGAGAUGUAUUUGAGGCUCUUAAGAUAUUUAAAAAAGACAAAAAAAACCCUGCUGCUGUCCCAAACAAGUCCUGUUUAAAGGAAUUUUAAGAAGACACAUUUUUCUGGGUAAAGGAAUAUAUCUAUGUAUUUGCCUGAACAUCUUGGUUCUUUUUAAUGGUAAGACUUUUUUUUUCUUAUGGUGAAGCUUAUUCCUCUCAAGUAUAUACUGUGUUCAAUUUUUUGGUCCGAUAAUGAAUUUGUGAACUAUAUCUUUGGUAUAUCUUUUAUUAAACUGCACUGUUUAGUUUAGUCGAGGUAAAUAAGUAAUUACAUAUUUGAAUAACUCGAUGUGCCCUGAAUGUCGUGGUAUUGAAAAGCAUUGUGGUCUUUCUAAACUAAUGAAGUGCAAAAAUAAAAUUUUGUAUUUAUGAAUGA